AUGUCAUUAAAGGACUUUCAGAUAUUGCAAGAAUUAGGUGAGGGAGCCUAUUCUAAAGUAUUUAAAAUAAAAAGAAUCGCAGAUUAAUAGGAGUAUGCUCUUAAAAAAGUUAAUUUGCAGUCUCUUUCUGAUAAAGAGAAAUAAAAUGCUCUUAACGAGGUAAGAAUAUUGGCCAGUGUAAGACAUGCUAAUGUUAUUCAAUAUAAAGAAGCCUUUUUGGAAGAAUAAUCUUAAACAUUAUGCAUCGUAAUGGAGUAUGCAGAUGAUGGAGAUCUCUAUUAAAAAAUAGUAGAAUGUUAAAAGAAGGGAGUUCUUAUGUCUGAAAAUGACAUUUGGAAUAUAUUAAUAUAAAUUGUCAAAGGUUUAAAAGCAUUGCAUGAUAUGAAAAUCUACCAUAGAGAUCUGAAAUCUGCAAAUGUCUUCAUGAAUACAGACGGAACUGUCAAAUUGGGAGAUAUGAAUGUCUCCAAAGUUGCAAGAAAAAUAUUACUCUACACCCAAACUGGAACUCCCUAUUAUGCUUCUCCAGAGGUCUGGAAAGAUCAACCUUAUGAUUCCAAAUCUGAUAUUUGGUCAUUGGGAUGUGUCUUGUAUGAAAUGACAACAUUAAAGCCACCUUUUAGAGCUGAGGAUAUGAAUGGUUUGUACAAAAAAGUUGUUAAGGGUUAUUAUCCAAAAAUACCUACCAUCUACAGCUAAGAUUUAAGCAAUGUAAUCAGAGCUUUGCUUUAAGUUCAACCACACUUGAGACCCAGUUGUGACAAAAUACUUUAAUUGUCUGCUAUAGUAAAUAGACUAGAUGAUAAAGUUUUGGUUGAGGAAGAAGGAGCUAAAUUUUUAUUAUAAACAAUAAGAGUUCCCAGAAAUAUGCAUUAUUUGACAGAUAGAUUGCCAAAACCUAAUUAUAAUCCAAUUAGAAUGACUAAAAUUGAUAAAUAAUAGUUCAUCUAGACUUUGGCCAUUUAGAAAUUAAAUUAAGAAAAUUUAGAGGAAAAUCAUUCAUUGCAUGUUGAUUUCUUGCCUCGUUUAAAUAAAAGAAAUGAGGAGAGUCUUGAUAACUCAGUUGUCUCAAGAAAUAACAAAAAAGUUGAUGAUAUUUAAUUGGACAACGUUAAUAAUAAGAAUAACUAAAUUAAUUAAAUAUAUGGAGUUGGCAUCCAUCCGAAGAAAAAGGAUUUAAGAAUUUCAAAUAAGUCUUAAAAGCAUGAUCUGAAAGCAAUAAGAAGAAAUGAAUUGGAUGGGGACCUGAAGCCUUUGAUUAUAAAAUCUUAUAGCCCUAAAAAUGCAAGCGAUGAUAGACAACCUUUAUUGCCACUCUUGCCUAGCAUUAAAAAAGAUGUUUAAAGAUAAAAUGAGGAUGAACAAUUGAAAAAGAUUAAACAAACUGAAGAAUUAAUCUAAUAAUUAAAAUAAAAACAAUAAAAACACAAGAGAAUCUAGAAAUUAUGAUUAACUGAUUGAUAAUAGAAUAUUUU